AUGAAGAUUGGUAUUUUAGGUUUUGCUGAUGAUUUGAAUAUAGUUAGUGACGAUGAAGAGAGUGUGGCACAGAGUAUCGUAGCUCUCAUUAACGAAGCGAAAACCAUAGGGCUAAAUUUAAAUGAUAAUGAAACCAAAGUCAUGGAGCUAUUACCAGACAACAACCAGGUUGACAAUGUGAUGAUUCAAGAAUAUAAAUUUGAAAAAGUACACCAGUUUACAUAUUUAGGGGUCUCUAUCAGUAGUAAUAAUGACUGGUUCAUUGAAUUAAAUAGCCGAAUCAUUAAGGCAGAAAAGGCAUCAUUUUUGUUAAUUAAAUACUUAAAAUCUAAACUGUUCUCUAGAAAAAUCAAAGUACAUCUCUACACGGCGAUAAGUAGACCAACAUUAACAUAUGGAUGUGAGGUAUGA